AUUAUAUAAAACAUAGCCAUGGGAUCCAAGUGUAACACACGAUUCAUUUCCCUGUAGACCACACAAUGUUGGCUCAAAUAUCAUUGUUUUCCCUCUUUUCCCUUUUCCCUCUGCUUUUCUGCAUCUUCUUCUUCUUCACCAAGACCAACAAAAAUCCUUCCUCCGUUGAACUCCCCAAAUCGUAUCCUCUAGUGGGUUCCUUCUUCGCCGUAUUUGCCAACCGGCACCGCCGUCUGCAGUGGCUCUCCGACCUUCUCCAAAUCUCCCCGGCCGCCACCUUCACCCUCCACCGCCUGUUCGGGCAGCGGCAGGUUUUCACCGCUGAUCCCGCCGCCGUCCACCACAUCCUCAAGACCCACUUCCACAUCUACCAGAAAGGACACUCCUUUCGCUCUACUCUCACCGAUUUUCUCGGGGACGGCAUCUUCAACGCCGACGGCCACAGCUGGAAAUUUCAGCGCCAAGUUUCGAGCCACGAGUUUAGCACCAGAUCGCUGCGCAAGUUCGUCGAGUCCGUCGUCGACGUCGAGCUCUCCGAUCGACUGCUCCCCAUUCUUCGCUCGGCGGCCACGGCGCCCUCUGUUUUGGAUCUUCAGGAUGUUCUUCAACGAUUCGCUUUUGACAACGUUUGCAAGAUUGCUUUUGGGUAUGAUCCAGCUUACUUAUCACCUUCGUUCGGGCAAUCAAAAUUCGCGAUGGCUUUUGAAGAUGCAGUAAGAAUCAGCAGCGGCAGGUUCGCGUCGCUGCUUCCAAUAGUCUGGAAAGUGAAGAAAUUCUUAGACAUUGGAUCUGAAAAAAGGCUUCGAAUCGCAAUCUCCGAGGUUCGAGGAUACGCGAAGAACAUCAUAGAGGAGAAGAAAAACGAGAUCAAAACCAACGCUUCCAUCGAUUCAGUCGAUCUCCUAUCCCGGUUCCUCAGCUCCGGCCACUCCGACGACAAUUUCGUUGCCGACAUAGUCAUAAGCUUCAUCCUGGCCGGCCGGGACACCACGUCGGCGGCGCUCACCUGGUUUUUCUGGCUGCUCUCGAAAUACCCAGAAGUGGAGGAUCGAAUUUUGGACGAAAUUAACGACAAAUCCGAAAUUAGUGGCGGUGGGUAUGAUGAAGUGAAGGAUUUGGUGUACACGCACGCGGCUCUGUGUGAGAGUAUGCGGCUGUACCCUCCGGUGCCGGUGGACGGGAAGGAGGCGGCGGAGGACGACGUGUUGCCGGACGGGACGGCGGUGAGGAAGGGGGAGAGAGUGGCGUACCAUCCGUACGCAAUGGGGAGGCUGGAGUCGAUUUGGGGGUCGGACUGGGCGGAGUUCCGGCCAGAGAGGUGGCUGGAGAGGGAUGGCCCGGCGAAGUGGAGGUUUGUGGGAAGAGACAAUUACACGUACCCGGUGUUCCAGGCGGGGCCGAGGAUUUGUUUGGGGAAGGAAAUGGCGUUUCUGCAGAUGAAGAGGAUGGUGGCCGGAAUUUUGAAGAGAUUCCGGGUGGUGCCGGCGGCGGAGGAGGGUGGAGAGCCGAAGUUUGUGCAGUACAUGACGGCGAAAAUGGAAGGUGGGUUUCCGGUGAGGAUUGAGGAACGAGAGGUCUGGUGAGAGGAGAAAUGGUAAUUUGUUCGAAUAACGUUUACUUUUAGACACCCAAUUAUAUAAAUGUCUAAAAAUUACACGUUGGUGUUUAUGGAGUGAAACCCAAUUAUAAAGUAUAGUUAUCCAGAUUAAUUUUGGGAAACAAAUCAAAUCAAUAAGCGCGAUUAUUUUA